AUGAUCCCACCCAUCCCAACCCUGCAGGAGUACGGGCUCUCGUCCAAUUUUGGCUUCCUGCCCAAUGUCGACCCCGUGGAGCGUAUCUCGUCGCUCUACUAUGAGCCCUGGGAGAAGGUCGCAGACAAUUUGCCACAGCUUAUUCGCACAAAGACGGUCCGGGGCGUGAUUGAUGCCCUCCCAAUGCUGGAUCUGUACCGUCUGGUGGGCGAGGGGGAGAGGAGAAGGGCGUAUGUUGUGUUGGGGUUUUUGACACAUGCGUAUGUGUGGGCUGGGGACGAGCCUGCUGAAUGCCUCCCAGCCACCAUCUCUGCACCCCUCCUCGAGCUCUCCGACCACUUCGAGAUCCCCCCGGUGGCCACCUACGCCACCGUCUGUCUCUGGAACUACCACAGUCUCAACCCACACCAGCGCAAAGACCUCCUCAGCAACCUCCGCACCAUCACCACCUUCACCGGCACCCACGACGAGUCCUGGUUCUACCUCAUCUCCGUCGCCAUCGAAGCCCGCGGCGCCGCCAGCAUCCCCAUCAUGCUCCGCGCCAUCGCCGCCGCCCGCGAGAACGACGCCGACACAGUCAUCAGGGCGCUCACCAUGUUUGCCGACCACAUCACGGACCUCGGCGAGCUGCUCGACCGCAUGGAUGAGGGCUGCCACCCGAACGUGUUUUACUUCCAGAUCCGCCCGUUCUUGGCCGGGAGUAAGAAUAUGGAGGAGUCGGGGCUGCCGAGGGGCGUCAGCUAUGAGGACCGCGCGGGGAAUAAGAGCUGGCAGAAGUACUCGGGGGGGAGUAAUGCGCAGAGCUCGCUGAUUCAAACGUUUGAUAUCAUUUUGGGCGUGGAGCAUCGCCAGACGGGGGAGAGGAAGAAUCCGAGUGCGGGGCAGCUGCAGGGGACGGCGCCACCGGCGCAGAAUAACUUUAUCCAGAAUAUGCGCUCCUACAUGCCUGGCUCGCACCGCCGCUUCCUCGAGCACCUCACCACCGUUGCAAACAUCAAAGACUACGCCAACGCACACGCCGACAACCUCGCCCUCACCGCCGCAUACAACAACGCCCUCCGCGCACUCGCCCACUUCCGCACCAUCCACGUGCAGAUGGUGACGCGCUACAUCAUCCUGCCCUCCUCCGCCGAGAAGAAGCGCAUCGCCGCGCUCGCCGCCUCCUCCACCGGCACCAACAACAAGCAGCGCCUCCCGCAGGGAAUGGCACUGGACGAGCCUCGCCAGGGGCUAGCUAAGGACGAGGCCUCGCGGAAGGGCCUGAGAGGCACGGGCGGAACGCAGUUGAUCCCGUUCUUGAAGCAGGCGAGGGACGAGACGACGGAGCCGGCGAUUGGAACGGCGCCGUCGCUGGCGCCGUCGACGACGGCUGGGAAGAGGCCGCAGAGGGUGGCGAGGACGCCGACCGACUUUGCGAGGAGCUGUAAUGUGAAUGAGUUUGAGGAUCUGAAUCCGGGGUUUGUGGGGCUGGCGGGGGCGUGGAGUGCUGCGGAUGAUGCGGGGGGUUUGUGUCAUUCUUGA